UGUGCAAACUUAUUAAAUUUUUUGAACCAGGAAUUUAUUUUUAUCAAAAUAAUUUCAAUUAUACAUUUAAGUUGCUGAAUGGAGACGAAGAUGCAUCUCUUUGGGAAACAGUUAAGAACUUGUCUCAGGAACGCCUUGUUUGGUUAUACAUAGUUGAUUCUAGCCUCGAACCUAUUUUGUGUGACAAUUCUGCGGCCCUAUUUAAAGAAUUGUCAUUACCAGUACUAAAUGGGUUUGUAAAGUUCAUGCAGGAUGUUAGAGAAGAACGAUAUGAAACUUGUCGUGUAGCUACUCAUAACAUCAUACAGUUCGUUACCCGUAUAUCUCCUUAUAUCAGUACAAUUUAUUCGGUUUUAACUAGCAUUGAUCAUGAUAUUUUAGUCAAACAAAUAGAUGUUAUAAGCAGUAUACUUAUCGCUGAAGAUAGAGAUACUCUAUCUGAUCAUUUUGCUACUCUAUUAAUGAUUUAUAAUGAGUAUUGGGAUCAUAGAGAUUCAAUAGUUGGAAAGCUUCCAAUACCAUGUAGCAUAUUUAAGUCUGAUGUUGAAUUGGUCAUGAAGAAGUUAUUGGAAAUAGUUCAAAACGCAUUUUUGAAAGAAAUUGAUAUACUUGUAAGAAUAAAAUUUUUAAGGUUAUACAACGAGUUUUUGAAGCAUCUGCAAGGCAUCAAUUUUCAAUGGUUUAUGUCUAAAUUCUCCUAUUUCCCUGAGUUAGAAGGAGUUGUUGAGGAGGUUACAAAGAACGAUGUAACUUCGUAUCGUGUAAUAGAACCGGAAGAUUUUGUGGAAAUUUUUAUGACGAAUGAAAAACCAAUCCCAAGGCAUUUUUUGCUUGAGGCAGUAAAAAAGUUGUUGGAUGUUGUAAGAAUGUCCCUGGACAAAGUAGGCUGGAGUGAUGAAGAUAGUGUAAAAUCAGCAGGUGAUUUACUCCUUGCUGUUGGACACUCCUUUACUCAUUUUGAAGACCAAGUUGAUUAUAGGGACUUGGAACAUUUCUUGAGAGAUUGCACGUUGCCUUUUUGCUGUGUUGUACAGAACAGCCAUACCUACCGGGAUUUCAAGAGACGUUUAGAUAAUGUUGAAAACUUUUACGUCUAUGUCAGAAAGCAAAAUCAAAUUGGUAUUCAAGUAGCUUUAAAUCUCUGCGAACAGGAAGUGUGUAAAGCUGAAAAAAGUGGAUUUAAAACCAUGAUGGAUAAAACCUUAUUAGAAGAGUGCUAUGACCGAUAUUCUAAGAAACUUCUUUCUUUGGAAAACUUCGAAAUUUCGGAAAUUUUGAAUGAUAUAAAAAAUCAACUAAAAAAGGUAAAAAAAUUGCCUUUACAUCAGUGGACAUCGCAUUUUAAACUGAAAUCAUUACCAGUUUUGUUGGCUAAUUUAGCUGCAGUUUGGUCUAUGCAAGAGUCUGAGGAUAUGUCUGGUAUUAAAAAAAAAAUUGAGCCACAUUGCGUUCAAAUUCUGUGCAUAUUUAGGCUUUUGGGAGUUGAUAAAGACUCUGUUGGGGUUCCUAAACAUUUUGCUCAAGUCUUAACGGGUCAAGGAAAAUCCCUCAUUUUAGCUCUGACUUCAGUUUUAGUUGCAUUAACAGAUAAUGAGGCUUGCAUAGUUUGUUAUAGCGAUUAUUUAGCACAGCGAGAUAAAACAAGGUUCAAAUCAUUUUUCGAAACUUUUGAUAGGUUCAUUGUAAAGAACAAGAUAAGUUACAAUACGUUUGACUUUAUGGCUAAUGAAACUUUAUCGCGUAAAGUUAAUGGGGUAAAAACAUCCUUAAGAUCCAUUAUUCAAGAUUUAGUUUUAAACAAACUUCCAACACAGAUUGUUAGUACUAUCCCGAAAUCUGAAAGAGUUGUUCUUUUAAUUGAUGAGGUGGAUGUUUUUUUCUCAGAGGAUUUUUACGGAACUGUUUACAUGCCUGCUGCAAAUGUAGGUGUUCCAGCACUACUAAAAAUCCAGCCGAAACUCUGGGAAAUUAUCCAGAACGGAGUUUUUGUAAAAAAUAGAAUUUUAGAACAGAUUAGAGUGUUCAUAAGUGAGUUAAUAAAAGAUGAAAAUUACGAAGAUUUUAGAAAUUUCUUGAAAACCUCCUCUGUUUUGUUUGAGAAGGAAUUGGAAAGAAUGGUUGAAGAUGCGAUAUAUGUUUUUACGGAUGCCGAUAGUAAGGGUGAAUAUAAAAUCAACCAGCAAGGAUUUAUUUGUAGAAAAGAUAAGUAUUUCCAAUACUGUACAAAUACGUAUGUAUAUUAUCAGAAUUCAUUUAAUUAUUUUAGGCUUAAAACGGAAAAUUAUGAUGAUAAAAAUUAUUCAAAUUUUGGAUUUUUGCAAGUGAAAGUAGGGUCUAUCUCAUAUGCAAGCCUGCCUUUGAGAUACCAAAGUAUUUUGGGAGUAACUGGAACACUAUUGAGUUUAAAUGACUCCGAAAAAAACGCCUUGAAAAAGUACGGUAUUCAAACCAUGUCAGCUAUGCCAUCCUUCUUUGGAGAGCGCAAACUUGUUUUUAACCCCCUUGAACAUGUAUCUAUUUUAAACUCAAAAACGAGUUGGCUGACAAAGAUAUUCGAAAGUAUUUCUAAGAACGUUCACCUUAAUCGUGCUGUAUUGGUUUUUUUCGAAGAGGAUACAGAAAUGGAGUUAUUCCAAAGCCAAUAUCAAUCUAGCAUCGAUCGCCUGUACACACUUACAGGAAACGAAGAUCCAAAAACUUUAGAAUGGCGUAUUAAUGAGGCUGGUGUUGCACAAACUGUGACUCUAGCUACUAAGACUAUGGGUCGUGGUAUUGACUACAAGUCGAACGACAGAAGUGUCGAAGAAAAUGGCGGUGUGCACGUCAUCCAGACAUUCUUCUCUUUAGACGAAAAGGAGGAGAUACAAAUUAAAGGUAGAACAGCUCGUAAGAAUAACCAGGGUAGUUAUGAGCUGAUCCUUAACCGCCGGCGUUUGAUACAAAUGAACUACACAGCUGAAACAUAUGAAGAGCUUUGCAAUGCGAGACAAAUUACAGAAAAUCUUAGAGGAGAUGAUAUCCAAAAAAGAAUAAAAGCUGCUGAAAAAAAUCACAAGAAGACCCUAGAGUUUUUCGAAUCCUUAGCAAAAUAUACUCCUGAAAAUCGCAAUGAAUAUUUGUCAAAGUUAAUUGAGUGAGUGACUAGUUGUAGACCUUAUGGGAUUAUUUACAGUUGUUUAAAUUUUUUAAUAUUUUUGACUGUAUAUAAUCAUCAAAAAGAUACUUUGUCAUUAAAACUUUUGUGGCUUAUUAUUAA